AUGCCCUUUCUCAGGAAACUGGGUAGCGUGGGCCACAUAUCUACUGCCAACGGAAAUCCUGGCUCGGUUCCGCCGUCAGGACAGGCCCCAAACGCGAAUAAUGGGUAUGGCAAAAGGAAACUAGGACAACCGCAGCUUGAGAAGGACGUUCGGAGGAACUCAUCGCUUGCUGGAACUCUGACUCCGCAACUUAAUAGUCCAGGUACUUCUAGGAGCAACAAGACUGCAUCAUUGCUUUCAGAUGAUCUGACUGUGUACACUUUCGAGGACGCACAGGUCGGCUUGACUGGCGGGAGUAGGAAAUCGUCUUCUGAAAAUAGCAACAACAAUAAUAGCAAUUCCCUGUCAUUUGAUAAGUUGAUUCUUUCAUGGGAUCCCACAGAUCCAAAAGAAUGGACGCUGCAACGUGUUAUAUCUUGGUUGAAAUUUCACGAGUUUCCGGACUCGUGGGUAUCCACCUUCAUGAACAACCAACUAUCAGGCCACAAUUUCAUCAAGCUAUUAGUAUACGAUAACUUCCAAAUAUAUGAGCAUCUUUUACCAGAGGGACCAUUAGGAUCGUUUACUAGAUUUCAAUUGCUGUUAAAGCAGACGAUGAGCAAGAAUGUGACCAAUAACCACAUCAGACAAAGAAGUAACGACAAAAGUGCACAAAAGAGGAGAACGUAUCUCACAUCAUCUAGCACCAGAAGCUCAAGCGACUCUACGAAGCACAUUAAUGAAAGUACAAAAUCACAAGUUGUGGAUCCGGGCUCUCGGUCGGCUUCCGAAUCCGCGGUACCUCAUACACAGGGGGAGAAAAAACCCAGUAAGACCCCCCAGAGUAAAACAAAAGGACCGAGCUCUCUUUAUAGAAGGAGUUUUAUAUCUUUACGAGGGUACGGUGCAGGGACCAACACAGAAAAUAUAGAAGAUGACAAACAUGCGAACAUCAAAUUAAACAUCCCACUGAAAUCAUUUUCCAAUUUAAACCCGUCCAGUAACAACAGCAGUGCGGGAACUAAUGGGGGUAAGCAAUCGUCUGCAGGAGGGACAUCAACCCAUUCUCCCUUGUCUCCCUCAUACCCGGGUAUUUUCAGAAGACAUCACAAAAGCAGUUCCUCCGAAUCCUCUCUGCGGAAUGCCAUAUUUGGUUCCAACCAUUUGAACUCUUCAAACAACAUUCCGGCACAACCAAAUGCGAUUACAAAUACUACAGACGAAGGGACAGAUGCAAGGCCUACGUAUAUACACAACAACCUGUACAAUCAACAGCAUCAUGGCACUCGGCAUACUCGAAAUAGUAGUCAACCAAAUCCGUCAGCCGAGCCUCACCAUAAGAGGCACAGUGUAUCAAGCGAUACGCUUUUGAGUCCAAGAAAAUUAUCCACGUCAUCUUCCGCAUCCUCAGGUAAUGCUAUUGAUACUAGUGUUUUAAGACCGCCAAGGACAGAAGAAAAAGAAACACUAUGGGGGAAAUUUAAAAGAAGAAGUCAAAUAUAUGCAGGAUAUUCACCCUUGACUGCCACGAGCUCACCAUCAACGGUAAGCUCUAACACAUUAACCCCUACUGGCGGGACACCAUCUAGUAACAACGGUACCUCUUUUUCAAACGGUGCAUCUACUGCUUCGAACACCAACAGCAGUAAACCAAACUCCAAUUUAGCGCCUGUGUCAAAGCCGUCAUCCACUUAUAAUGGUAUAGCCACCUCUUUGGAAGAAAAAAAAAGCCUGCGGGGUAUACCCCCAAAGGCGAUACACCAAAACAAACUAAAGCUCAAUCCGGCCGCUUGCCCAAAGAGAAGGAUUUUACAGAAGUCCAAUCCUAAUAAAGAACAACGUGCAUCUAAAUCACCAAAAGCACCUAAUGUUUUAAACAAUGAGAGGAAUAUAGAUGCCACCAAACAACCCCGUAAGUUGCAUGAUUUUAGAGUAUCGGACGAAAGCAACAGAUAUCUAAAAAAAUACUAUCCUAACACCAAGAAUAAUGAUGCGGACAACGCUUACAUUUUUGUUACCAGGGAUUCCAAAAACUUUAUUCUCCUAAAUGUGAACAAAGUCAGAACAAGCGAAGAAUUAAAGAGCUUAAUUGCAAAGCAGUUGAAUUUCAGCAGCAUGAAAUUUAGUAUUCAUAUGACAGACUUCAAUAACAGUUUGGGCUCUCCGAUCCCUGAUGACGUCCUCUCCAUAUUUCAUCAGCACAAGUUCGGCGGCACCACAAAGAAAUUCUACAUCAAGGAUAACUCGACUCCUCGAAACAGGUCGAGAGCAGCUACAUUACAGAACGAACCCCCGCACCAAUUGAGGUCGAUGGGCAGUAAGAACUCAGUUUUAUCUAGAGCAAGUAGUGGAGUAACGGAUGACGUAUCUAUUGCUACUUCUACGUCGGACCUUACUUCCUUCGAUGAUCAUACCGGGAAUGAUCGACGGUAUCCGCCUACACCAAGCAUAUAUCAUGAUCCAGGGAAUACUGCAACUCCGACUAACAGUAAUGAGGAGCAAGAUUACUGGAGCAUCAAACAGCAAAUCUUACCGGAACUCGACUCAACUCCGUUGAACCCCACAUUCUCAAUGAAGAUGCCAGGUAGAUUAAAAACCAAUACACGGAAUGAUCUAGAAGAUAAUGACGAUAAAACCCCUACAGCUAGCACUGCUGAUGAAGCGAGGUAUGUUGCAUCUUCUUCGCCCAUUGCUUCAUCAUUCCAAGUAUUAAGGAAAGAUGAGACCGGCGAGAUUGACUUUAACAAAAGACGUGAAUCUCCUUAUGUUAAUCCUGAACUAGCCCCUAGAAGAGAGGCACCCAAACCACCAACAAGUAAUUCUCCACAAAAGUCAACAACACAAUCAAAAGGACUACUGUGGGACGACCAUACCUUAGAAGAAGUAGCACUAGGGUGUCAAAAAUCCACUGAACCAGUCGUUACCACCACUAAAACUGCUGUUGUGCAGUCUGACUCUGAGUCUCCAUCUACAGAGCGCAUUGUGUCUUCAUAUACACCAGGUUCGACACACGUCUUGGUUCCUCAACCAUAUAAAGGUGCAACAGAAGCCUUGCGCAAGAAAAAUUCGGAAGACGAUAUAUCCUAUAACCCUGUUUCCAACUUUUUGAUGAAGCAAAGGGCCAACCGUUCAAAUUCUACAGCAUCUACGACCAGCUCAGUAUUGCGCUCAAAUUCUGUUUUGCUGAAGAGGAACGCAUCAAAGAGGAUUGUUUCGUCAACUUCUGCUGCAGAUGUGUUUGUUGAGAAUAACAUUAACUUUGAUGAUGCCCCCGAAUUAUCAGAUGAUAACGAUAGUAGUUCCUCAGAUGAUAUCAUUUGGUCCACAAACAACAGAACCAAUACUGACCAAAAGAUGUCUAUAGAUAAAAAUGAAUCAGAUUCUGAAAAGGAUAAUAUAGGUAGCGAUCACGAUGAACAUACAAUCAAAACACCUUCGACAACUUUAACACGUAAAAUGACUUUGAGACCAUCACCAGAGGAGGUUUACGAGAAUUUGGAAAGAUUUUUCCCGAGGGCUAACUUGGAUAAACCGAUUGUGGAAGGCAUAAUGUCGCCCACCUCCCCCAAGUCCACUGCAAAUAUGAUACCAGAAAAAUUGACUUGCCCAUCUGAUGAGGAUAUUUUUGUGCCCACAGUUCCUUUGAAACGCCAAAAAGCUCCGAAAAGGACGAAAACUAUCAGAACUAUAGCACAUGAAGCGAGUGAAGCAAGAAAAAGCUCGCUUAAACUGAAAAGAAAAAAUACAAAGAUGUGGGGUACCAGAAUGGUAGAAGUAACUGAAAAGCAUAUGGUAUCCAUCAACAAAUCAAAAAAUUCUAGAGGGGAAUACAAGGAAUUUGCUUGGAUGAAAGGGGAAAUGAUAGGGAAGGGUUCAUUUGGUGCUGUAUAUUUGUGUUUGAAUCUGACUACUGGUGAGAUGAUGGCAGUCAAACAGGUCGAAGUCCCAAAAUACAGUGCUCAAGAUCAGAAUAUACUUGACACAGUGGAAGCAUUACGAUCGGAGGUAUCAACUUUGAAGGACCUAGAUCAUUUGAAUAUUGUACAGUAUCUUGGCUUUGAAAACGACCACGAUAUUUACAGCUUAUUCCUCGAAUAUGUUGGUGGUGGUUCCGUCGGAUCACUGAUCCGACUUUAUGGGCGGUUUGACGAGGCGCUCAUUAGGUUUCUAACGGUGCAAGUGUUGGAAGGGCUAGCAUACUUACACUCGAAGGGUAUAUUGCAUAGAGAUAUGAAAGCGGAUAAUCUUUUGUUAGACCUGGAUGGUGUUUGUAAGAUUAGCGACUUCGGAAUUUCCAGAAAAUCAAAGGACAUAUAUUCGAACUCGGAUAUGACAAUGAGAGGUACUGUAUUCUGGAUGGCACCCGAGAUGGUAGAUACAAAACAAGGAUAUAGUGCGAAGGUUGACAUAUGGUCACUGGGCUGUGUUGUUCUGGAGAUGUUUGCAGGCAAAAGACCUUGGUCAAACCUAGAAGUAGUAGCUGCCAUGUUUAAAAUUGGGAAAAACAAAUCAGCACCUCCAAUUCCAGAGGAUACCUUACCUUUGAUUUCUCAAGAUGGAAGACAGUUUUUGAAUGCGUGCUUUGAAAUUGAUCCGGAUUUGAGACCAACUGCAGAUAAGCUUUUAUCGCACCCCUUCAGCUCAGUUUAUGACUCUUUUGAUUUCAAAUCCACAAAACUUGCGCAGUUCAUAAAAUCAAAUGAUAAAAUAAACUCUUCCAAAUUAAGAGUCACUUCCCAAGAAAGCUUGAAGAAAGAUUAUUGA